AUGACUGCUGGCAGGAUGCCGCUCGCAGUUUGGAUUGCUUCGUGGGAGGCGUCUCUAAAACAAAUUCCUCUCAGCUGUAUGUUUUACCGUUGGAGAAAGUUCGAACGCAUCCGCUCUUCCUCCUUCCGAGGUGCGUAUGGCGUCGGUGUGACGCACAGUGAGUUCACGCACAAGGCUACUAGACAACGCAUGCAUCUCAAUAACACAGCUUUCCGAGCAGUCAGCCUCGCGAAGCACUUGGCGCCUGCUCUUAUGUGGAGCGUGGUGAGCGGUUGUGAGAUGGAGGAUGUCCUGGUUGGCUGA